AUGACGAGUACAGAAGAAGCUAUCCGUGAGUUAUUUGGAAACGAGGAGGAUGAAACAUCAUUCGUGAGUGAAGAAUCUGAUGACAACGAGGAGAAUGUGAACUCCGACGAAAUGCGUGAUGCAAGAACGGAAGAAGCUUUUGAGGUGAUGGUGCGAGAUGGACCUCAAAUGGGAAUGUUGUUCGAAUCUAAAGAACAACUAUACGAAGCUUAUAAUUCAUACGCAAAGGUAAAAGGAUUCAACAUCUUUAGUAGAAAUACUUCAUCUAAUGGUAACUAUUGUAGAAUGACAUGUGAUAGGGGUGGAAAAGUUUGUUCUAAGAAAUAUACGAAAAAGACAAAUUGUCUUGCUCAUAUUAAUGCAAUAAGACAACCCACUGGUUUUUGGAUGGUUUCUUCUGUAUGCAUAGAACACAAUCAUGAUCUAGAUAUGAGUAUGUCUGCUUUUAUGCCGGGUCAUAGACAUUUAACAUUGGGCUUGAAGAGGCAGUUAGAAGCUAAUGACCGUGCAUGUAUACGCAUCUGUAAAAAUGUGAAGUUGAUGGAGGUUCUAGCUGGAGGGCCAGAAAAUAUAGGAGCAACGACAAAGGAUUGUAGAAACUUCAUUGACAAGAGAAGACGAUUAAGACUUGGCGAAGGAGAUGCAGAGGCCAUUAGUCAACUCUUUAGUAGAUUGCAGAAGAGUGAUGCACGGUUUUUUCAUUUGAUGGACAUUGACGACCAUGGGAGGCUUCGAAAUGUGAUGUGGAUUCACCCUCGUAGCAUAGCUGCAUACGAGGAAUUCCAUGAUGUUGUGAGCUUUGACACCACAUACUUGGUUAACCAAUACCAUAUGCCUAUAGCGACGGUUGUUGGGGUUAAUCACCAUAACCAGUCUAUAUUAUUAGGAUGUGGUCUAUUGACGCAUGAAUACGGUGAAUCGUUUAAAUGGUUUUUCAAGAAUUGGUUAGGAGCAAUGGGAGGUGUUCAACCUACUGCAAUUUUGACGGAUCAAUGUGAUAGUAUUAGAAUUGCGGUGAGGGAAGUUAUCCCAGAAACUGUCCAUCGUUAUUGUUCGUGUCAUAUUUUGCAGAAGGUCCCGGUAAAGCUCAAAGGAUCUCAUGAUCAUAAAACAUAUUCUAAUAGUUUCUAUAGGUUGAUAUAUGAUAGCCUCAGCAUUUCAGACUUCGAAAGACGGUGGACUGAUUUCAUCGCUGAAUAUAGUUUUCAAGAUAACAGGUGGCUUAGGGAUUUGUAUUCUGAAAGGGAAAAUUGGGUGCCCAUUUACUUGAAUCAUUUAUUUUGGGCUGGUAUGGUGUCCACCCAGAGAAGUGAGUCGAUGCAUGCCUUCUUCGAUGGUUAUGUUAAUUCGAGGAGCACAUUGAGCUAA